AGCCACCCUACCAAGAUGGCGGACGCCGGAAGUAGGUCACGGGAAGGGGCGGGAUUUCGGCGCGCGCAUGCCCCAAACCGGAUUUCCGGGCGCCGGAGAAGAAGUUCUUCCUUUAACAAGAUGGCGGUGGGAAGGGGUGGUGGUGAUGGCGGGCAGUGCUCGAAAAGCGAGGCCAAUUCCGGCUUCCUGGGGCUGCGGCCCACUUCGGUGGACCCGGCGCUGAGGCGGCGGCGGCGAGGCCCAAGAAAUAAGAAGCGGGGCUGGCGGCGGCUCGCUCAGGAGCCGCUGGGAUUGGAGGUCGAUCAGUUCCUGGAGGACGUGCGGCUGCAGGAGCGCACGAGCGGUGGCUUGAUAUCAGAGGCCCCCGAUGAAAAACUCUUCUUCGUGGACACUGGCUCCAAGAAUGAAGAGCCGAACAAGAAGAGGACCAAAGGUCAGAAGAGGUCGCUGCUUCUCAAGAAACCCCUUCGGAUCGACCUCAUCCUAGAGAACACGUCCAAGGUCCCUGCACCCAAAGACAUCCGCGCCCACCAGGUCCCCAACGCCAGGAAGCUCAAGCGGAAGGAGCAGCUAUGGGAGAGGCUGGCAGAGCAGGGCGAGUUGCCCCGGGAGGUGCGCAGGGCUCAGGCCCGGCUCCUCCACCCUCCUGUGGCCAAAGCCAAGCCGGGGCCACAGGACACGGUUGAGCGGCCCUUCUACGACCUUUGGGUCAAAGACAACCCUCUGGACCGGCCCUUGGAGCGCCAGGACCCUUUUUUCCUGGAGCAGACCAAGAAGAAAGGUGUGAAGCGGCCGCAGCGUCUCCACACCAAGCCCUCCAAGGCGCCUGCCGUGGAGGUGAUGCCCGCGGGAGCUUCCUACAACCCGACCUUUGAGGACCACCAGACCCUGCUCCGGGCGGCUCAUGAGGUGGAGCUGCUGCGGCAGAAGGCAGCAGAGAAGCUGGAGCGGCAGCUGGCCCCGCCGGCCUCGGAGCAGGCCGCCACCCAGGAGUCUGCCUUCCAGGAGAUGUGCCAGGGGCUGCUGGAGGAGUCGGAUGGGGAAGGGGAGCCCGGCGAGGGCCAGGACGAGGGUCCCGAGGUUGGAGGAGACCAGGCCACGGGAGCAGAGGCCUCGCCCACAGCCGUCCGCCCGGCCUCCGUGGAGAAGAAGACGGAGCAGCAGCGGCGGCGGGAGAAGGCUGCCCGGAUGCUGAGGGUGCAGCAGGCUGCGGUGCGGGCCACCCGGCUUCGGCACCAGCAGGUCUUCAGGCUGCGCGGGAUCAAGGCGCAGGUAGCGCAGCGGCUGGCGGAGCUGGCUCGACAGCGGGAGCGGCGGCAGGCACAGCGGCUGGCAGAGGCGGACAGACCCCGCCGGCUGGGGCGGCUCAAGUAUCAGGACCCCGACAUUGACGUGCAGCUCAGCUCGGAGCUGUCUGACUCACUCAGGACCCUGAAGCCUGAGGGCAACAUCCUCCGUGACCGGUUCAAGAGCUUCCAGAGAAGAAACAUGAUCGAGCCUCGGGAGCGAGCCAAGUUCAAGCGCAAGUACAAAGUGAAGCUGGUGGAGAAGCGGGCGUUCCGCGAGAUCCAGUUGUAGCUGCCACGAGAUGUUGGAGCCCCCGCCCUUCAAUAAAGCACCUUCUGACCAACA